AUGGCGGGGGCCGCGAAGGCCACCAAGGAGCCGCUCGACCCCGUCAGCCAGAACAAGAUCUUCCGCGAGACGGUCGAAAAAGAGCUGCGAUGCCAGCGCCUGCACACGGAGUACGGGGUGAACCCCCUCCUAAAGGUUCACGUCAUAACCAGAAAGCCGAUGUCUUGGCAUGAUAACUUAGAGGAGCCCGCUGAUGAUAAAUUCCUGAAACUCAUUCAUCAUGCUGCACUUGAACCAACUAAGAAAUAUAAAGAACCACAGACAACAACCCAGGAAAUUGGCUGGUUCUCCACACCUUUGAUCAGUACUGACCGAAGUGACAGGAGACUGAACUUCCCAAGUCGGAGCACUGAAAUCACCAAAUAUAUGGCUGCCAUGUGGCGUCUGAAGGAGGCGAUGAAGGAUAAGAGAUAAGAUGGACAUAACAUCAUAGGAGUUUGACAGACCCCAGCUACUAGUCUAGGGUUUCUGAUCUGCACCCUCCCAACUGUAGCAUGC